AAAUUUUUUUCAAUCCAAAAUAAACUGGGAAUAACCUAUAAGCUAUUUAUGUAUUGUUGAAUGUAAUUUAAUAUUAUAUACAAAGUAACAUCAAAUUAUUGUGCAAUAAUAAUAACAUUGUUGUUUUACCAAAAUUUGUAAGAUCAAACGAUGUGUUACAAUAAUGGGGGUCAAUAGGUCACUUAUAUUUAAGUCUGACUUUUAGCGUACUAUAGGCACUACAUUAUAAUACUUAAGUGUAUGUCAUAUGUUAGUAAAAUAUUACUUAUUGUUAAAAGCAGUGUAGUAAUUUUUGUCUAGAUUGAUCUACUAAUAUAACCCUAAACUCAACAUUUAUGUAUAAUAUAAUGCAAAAUGAUAUUAAACCUUGAUACUGAACUAAUUAAUUAAAUCAUAAUAUUUAUGUAGUAAAAAAAAUAGUAUGUUUAGUCAAGUUGUUACAUUAUACUAUCUGGAAAUAGAAACUGCAUCUUUUUAGCACACUUCAGUUGGCUUAAAGCCAUUACUUUUCUGGAUAUACUACUAAGACCAUUUAUUUAAUUUUGAUUACGCGUAUGUCAUAUGAUAUAUUUAAUUUUAAUAAUUUUAAUACAUAAAAGGGACAUAAAUAUAGAUUUUAGUUAAUUUUUACCAAGGUGCACAACAAACUGAAACAUUCUUAGAAAUAUUUUAUAUUAAUUUAGAUUUUUAGAAGAACUUACUCGUGUUAUUAUUUUUUGACUGUUAUUAUUUUAUUAACAACAUACAUUUCACAUCAAUACAUGGAAAAAUUACUAUCAGGUAUACAAUUAUUAAGGCUGUUAAAUUAUUUAAAAUUAUGUUUUGGCUUUGGAAUGCAGUAUGUGGGUGAAUUUGUCAUAUUUAUGACCUUUGGGAAGCAAUACUAGUUCCCUCUCUUCAACAACAGUAGCAUGCUUUGAACAGUAUUUUUGAUGCUAUGCCAAAACUACACUACAGCUCUCAGCUGAGAAUUAGGAUACUUUUGACUCAUCGAAGUGGCCAGUAUUUUCUACAACAUAGCUUUUGAAUGUACACUUUUAUUCUUGUGUAACAAAUUUAAUAGUGACUUAUGAAAUGGAGAAAAAAAUCAAUGAUAAUAAUUCUAAUUUAAUGCAUGAUUGGUCUAUUCACGCGCAUUUAAAAAUAAUACAACAACCCAAUAACAAUUUGCCAAUGUCUCAGCAACCAUGUUACGGAUUUCAACGAGGAAAUAUUGUAUUUACUGCCCAGCCACCUCAAAGGACAGAUUCUGGUCUUGGCAGUUCAUCCCGUGGAUCUGCAUGUGAUUGUACUUUUAAUAUAGCACCUCAAUGUGAAGUAUGUUGUGGUAUAAGAAGCCCCAUGUCAGCUAGAAGAGCACAAAGUUUUACAGCACAUUUUUGUACCAAUGUUCCACCAAAAAAACAUUUAGAAACUGUGGAUGUGUCUAGUCAGACAUCCCCUUCUACAUCAACUAUCUUAACAAAGGAAAAUACCAACAUUUUUAUGAAAAAUCGUAAAUUCGAAUUAGACAAACAUAAAAAGCGACAUGCCAGGACUGUGCAUAUUGAUGUUUAUUGCACAGAAUCUUCAGAUUCAGAUAAUACUUUAACAUCAAAAGGUACAGAUACAUUACUUAAUUUAUCAGAUGUAAAAAUUAAAUGCAAAAAGAUAUCAAAAAAAUCUCAUAAGGCUCGAAGUCAAUCAAUAAUGUCAAAUAAAAGUAUGUUACAAAGAAGUCCUUGUUUGUCAGCAAUAAGUUCUACGAAUACAAUAAGUUCUACGAAUACAAUAUCCGAUUCUUCUUUUUACGAGUCAUCUAGUUGUGGUUUAUCUUCAUUUAUGGAUUCAACUACAUUAGAAAACAGCAGUUUAAAUAGUUUUGAAUCCGAAAAUAUACAACAAAAAUACAAAUCAAAAAACUAUGAUGACACAACAAGUAGUAGUUCAGAUGACGAAUGUUCCGAGACUGCUUGGAGUUUCAAUAGCAUCAGUUCUCAAAAAAAUCAAAUUCUAGCAAGACGCCCAUGGUCUAAAGUAAAAAAUACAAACGAUGAUAUGGGCAGCUUUAGUGACUGUUCACAAACACCCAUGUAUAGACAGCCAUCAAAUUCUACAUUUGUUAUGACUCAAGUUGCUAAAAUGGCAUCAAAGUUUGGACCUAUGAGAUCACCUGUAAAACAAGAUCAUCAUGUAGGACCUUCAAAGAAUCCAGAUUGUUCAUGUUUUAACUGUCGCAGGUUUUAUAAUACCAGACAUAGAUCAUAUUCCAUCGGUAGUGAAGCUAGUCAAUCAGAGAUAUCGACAUUGUUUAGAAAAUGUCUCUAAUUUAUUAUUUUAAAGGCAUAUUAUGUAAAAUUCAAACAUAAAUAAAUUGUACUAUUUUAUAAAA